CAGUAAGUGUGGAGGGAUGAUAUCCAGGGUAGGGGUGGUGACUAUAAUUCUCUCUUUCGGCACUCUUGCUCCUGUCUUUCUGCUCUACCACCUUAGCUUGUAGCUUUCAUCUUCCUGCAUGCAAGGUAACUGCUACAACCUUAGGGAAGGGGUUUACUCUGCAGGCAGGAGAAAGAAUGGAAGAAUGAAGGAGGAAGGGACGGUGCUUAUAUGUGAACUGGCACAGAGUGAGGGAGUCUGGGAAAUACACAUUAUUUAGCUGAAUACCUUGUGUCCCUGAGCUAAAUUGGGGUUCCCUUACUAAGAGGGGAGAAUGGGUCCAAUGUAGGCAAUUAGCAGUGACUGCCACUAUAACAAAGCAAUUUGAAAUGUGCAUUCAUGAGCUUGUGACAUUCGUGAUCUUUUGUUCUCAUGAAACACUGUUGGAAUUUUUCUAUUAAUUUUCUUUACUUACUGUUGAACACUAGUUUUUUGAUAGCUAGCAAGGAAGUAAUAUCAGAUACUGAAAAUUUAAGAAAUAUAACUGACAAAAACUCUUAAAAUGAGAAAAUUCUUUCCAUUGACAUUUUUCCCUUGCAAAUAAGAAAAUGAAAUUCUUAAUUUGAUUUUAGUGAAGGUACAUUAUAGUCUAGGACACCAGUUUUCCUCAGGAGCAUGGUUUGGGAAUCACUGAUAUUAAUAUUUAUGUGUAUUAUUAAAUUACCUGUGUCUCUGCUUUCACUUAGAUUGUUUUCCUAGGUAAGAACAUUCUCUUCUCUCUCUUUUGCUAUGACUCACAUGUUGUGGGCAGUUCAGACAUUCUUUAUUUUUAAAUCUUUUCUGAAUUCUGUAUAAUAUGCCUAUUAGUUUUAUAAUCAGGAAAAAAGUCAGUUUUUCAAAGUCAGUGCAAGUCUUGCAUCUUUGACACUGCACACUGCACUCAAGUCCAUUUUUAUCUCCUACUUCUUGAAACUACUAGAGCAUCAUAGCCUGUACAACACAAUUUUCCCCUUAAUUAUAGACUAUAUUGAAUUCAUCACUAGUUGUUCCAUAUGUUACCAAGAUCAUAAGCUCCCUGUUAUGUAUUUUUCUGUGUGCCCCAAAUUCUUAGCGUAGACUAAGGUACAUAGUAGACACUUAAUUAAAUCACCUAAAUAAUCACAUUUAACACAUUCACACACAUGAAAAUAGCAUGGAUUUGAUAGCAAGAUAGGCAUAAAAUAAAACUCGACCAAUAACCGGUAUAAUCAGCAUUUCAUGACUUUUACCCUUACCUAUUAAUGUAGGACCUCUAGCUCCCUGAGAAUGCCUCCCCCCAAGUUCAUUCUUGGAGUCACCAAAGGGUGUUUCACUAAUGUAUUCUGUGGGCUCACUAAUGUAUUCUGGCCACUGCCACGUGACUCGUCUUUUUCUUCCUGUGAUGUUUGCUGUCCCUGCAGCUCCCCCGGAUAUCAGGGAUGUACCUCCGUGCCUCCUGCUAUGAUCUCCUUGGCCGUGCUCUCCUGCCAGAAUUAAAUGUGAGAGAGUCUGAUGUAAGAGUUUGUGAUGAGUCAUCGUGUAAAUAUGGAGGAGUCUGCAAAGAAGAUGGAGAUGGUUUGAAAUGUGCAUGUCAGUUUCAGUGCCAUACAAAUUACAUUCCUGUCUGUGGAUCAAAUGGGGACACUUACCAGAAUGAAUGCUUUCUCAGAAGGGCUGCUUGUAAGCACCAGAAAGAGAUAACAGUGGUGGCAAGAGGGCCGUGCUACUCCGAUAAUGGUUCUGGUUCUGGAGAAGGAGAAGAGGAAGGGUCAGGGGCAGAAGUUCACAGAAAACACUCCAAGUGUGGACCUUGCAAAUAUAAAGCUGAGUGUGACGAAGACGCAGAAAAUGUUGGGUGUGUAUGUAAUAUAGAUUGCAGUGGAUACAGUUUUAAUCCUGUGUGUGCUUCUGAUGGGAGUUCCUAUAACAAUCCUUGUUUUGUUCGAGAAGCAUCUUGUAUAAAGCAAGAACAAAUUGAUAUAAGGCAUCUUGGUCAUUGCACAGACACAGAUGACGCUAGUUUGUUGGGAAAGAAAGAUGAUGGACUACAAUAUCGACCAGAUGUGAAAGAUGCUAGUGAUCAAAGAGAAGAUGUUUAUAUUGGAAACCACAUGCCUUGCCCUGAAAACCUCAAUGGUUACUGCAUCCAUGGAAAAUGUGAAUUCAUUUAUUCCACUCAGAAGGCUUCUUGUAGAUGCGAAUCUGGUUACACUGGACAGCACUGUGAAAAGACAGACUUUAGUAUUCUCUAUGUAGUGCCAAGUAGGCAAAAGCUCACCCAUGUUCUCAUUGCAGCCAUUAUCGGAGCUGUGCAGAUUGCCAUCAUAGUAGCAAUUGUCAUGUGCAUAACAAGAAAAUGCCCUAAAAACAACAGAGGACGACGACAGAAGCAAAACCUAGGUCAUUUUACUUCAGAUACGUCAUCCAGAAUGGUUUAAGAUGAUAACUUUUAUAUGUACACUGACCAUGUGAUGUACAUUUAUUAUGUCUUUUUUUAAAGAAUGGAAAUAUUUAUUUCAGAGGCCUUAUUUUUGGACAUUUUUAGUGUAGUACUGUUGGCUCGUAUUUAGAAUAUUCAACUACAACAGUUUUGGACUGUUUAGUAGUCUUUGUUUUAUGUUUUUAAAUACAGAAAUUGAUUUCACAAAUUUGUACCACAUGGUAAUUCUAAGACUUGUUCUUUACCCAUGGAAUGUAAUAUUUUUGCAAAGAUGGACCACUUCACAAAUGGUUAUAAAGUCAUACCCCCUUCUUCCACAAUGACCACAGCAAAUGACCAAGCAUGAACUAAAGGUAAAGAUGUUUACAGAUUACUUUUCUUACAAAAAAAAAAAAAUCUAGAAGACACUGUGUUUAAAUAGACAUUUAAAUGUUUUUGAGAUUUAGAAACUGAUUUUUUAGACACUGCCUAUCGCAUGAACUAUAAAGCUGUGUGUGUUAGAUGUAAAAUAUAAGAUGUAUGGACUGGAAUUUGGUUAUUCCUCUCUUUGAAAAAAUAAUUCUGAUAAUUUGGGAAAGUAUCUGGUAGCAAUGAUGGAGCCGAUCACUGAAAGGUAGAUUUAGGUAUUGUGAGAAUAGUCUGUUUAACAAACAGAUUGGAAUAAAGCCUACUCUCUCAGUUAAACUACUUUAAUACACAUUCAUUUUUAAAGAAAAUAUUUGUUUUAACAUAAAUAAACAAAUUGUAUCAGUGUUUGUGAAUAAAAUGCAAAAAUGAUUGUUAAUGAUUGGUGCUCUUAAAGUGAGCUUAAAAAUUAUCUAAGAACUCUACCCAAAUUUGUCCUGUAGUCAUAGCUAUGUUAAUAGAUUGUUGGUGUUUAAGGAUCUGAAGUGUGAGUAGAAUGUGUUCAGCUGUUUUAACAUGUUUAGAUAUUCAGAAGUAUGCAUGUAGAAUUUAAGAAUAUGUUCAAAAUUAAAUAUUAAUUUUAAUAUUUGGUUUGGAAAAGCAUGUUAUAAUAUAAUGUUUUCACUAUA